AUGUCAUCCCGGCCUCCUUCGUUUCGUCUCCCCAACUCAACUUCCUGUCGAGUCCUCGACCGCUUCAGCGACUUACCCGAGGGUAUACAAGCCGAAGAGGACGACGAGGGUAAAAUCCCAUUCUGGCCGCUUCUUCACCACCUUAUCAGCACCCCGGUAUCCAGUAUUGCGCAACUCAUAGACCAGCUACAGACAAUUGCCGCAAAUGCGGAAACAUGUCAAGAUAGUGACUAUGGAUUUCUGAAGAAGUUCCUGCAAGACCAAGGGGAAUCCAGGAUCCUUAGUAUCAUAUGGCCCAAUAUUUGUGAUAUUGCCCUUAAUCUUCCGGUUUAUUUCCCUAGUGGACAACUUGAGAUUCUCCAAGCGGACUCUCCGCUUCGCUUGAGUUGCGGCCAAGUCGCUUGUCUUGUGGCCCACCAGUUUCUCUGUUCAUCGGUACCUCAGAGGUGUGAUGAUGGUUACCAGGAUUUAGGUAUCUGGUACUCAUCGGAACAGAGACAUCCCACUGCAGUACAGAUGUAUCUAGAGGCUCUGUUUAUAUACUUUGAAGGUCUGCCAGCAGCAAGAGAUCUACUAAAUGAUCACCAAACUAAAUCAGAUGAGAUUCACAAUGUCGUCUCAUAUGAGCUUCACCAAAGCAGUCAAUUGUCUUUAGCAGAUGUUAAACUGGGACCAGUGCAGGCCAAAUACAUGGACAUCCACACGUCGGAUACCCAUCACCCUCACGUCCAAGGAAAAGGAGGGGCCGUCGUUGUCCCAUCAAACAAGGUCAUUGGAUUCGGCCAGUCAGCUACUCAAGAGGAGAUAUUCGUUGGUAUUGCCCCUGAGGCAUACCCUGUUGUUCUGGUAGCACCUCAUCUGGCUGACAACACAGUCAUCACCGUUUCAGGUGCAAGAGCGAUGGUGGAUGUCAAAGGCCAGAGACGCAAUAUCGAGUGGGAGGGCCGUCCUGUGUCAUUUCUUAACGAAGAUCAGAAAUCUUGGCAAGGAGGACGUCUUGUCUUUAUGGACGCUCUGGAGAUGGACAUGGUUGAACGCUCAUCAAGUGACGACCUGCCCGAUCUAUACCCCGAGAAUAUUGACCGUGAGAUCAACAAGGCAAUAAACGGGUUCACAUCCUACAAAGGUGAUUCUGUGUUCACUGGUCUCUGGGGCUGCGGUGCCUUUGGUGGUGACCCAGGGGUGAAGUUGAUAGUUCUAUGGCUAGCAGCGGGGGCGUCAAAUGUUGAGCUCAAGGUAGUACUUGGGCCUAGUGAACAUCAUCUUGGAAAGGGGCUUGAGGGUGUAGUCAAGGCUUGCGAUGGUCUGACUGCGAAUGACGUGCGAGAGAUGUUGUCGAGAGUACCUACAGAGUUACGACGUGAAGGGAUUAUAGAGUGGAUCGCGGAAGAAGCUUCAAGGGUUUCUCAACAUCAGACGAUAUGA